UUGUUAGCUCCAACUCAGCUAACCACACUUUACUCUUCAGUCAUCUCUUAACUCUCCAAAUCAAUUCACGAGAUCUCUAAGCUCUCAAGUGAAGUCUCAACCUCAAACCAUGUCCCUACAAACCUCCGAGCACGACGUUGUCAUCAUCGGCGCCGGCAUAAUCGGCCUUACAAUAGCCCGGCAGCUUCUUCUCCGGUCAAACCUCUCUGUCGUCGUCGUCGAUGCCCACCGGCCAUGCUACGGCGCCACCGGUGCCGGACAGGGUUACGUUUGGAUGUCGUACCGUACGCCCGGGAGCGACACGUGGGAGCUCGCCGGAAGAAGCAAGCAGCUGUGGGAGGAGCUUGCAGAUGAGGUACGAGCACAAGGCUCCGAUCCCUUGGAUGUUCUCGGUUGGAAGAGAACGGGGAGCAUUUUGGUUGGUAGGACAGCAACAGAGGCGGCCAGUUUGCUGGAGAGGGUGAAGCUUCUCAAAAAUGCUGGGGUAAGGGCCGAGUACUUGACAACAAUGGAGCUAAAAUUUAGGGAACCAUCUCUGGAGGUUGGGGAAGAAGGAGGAGCUGCUCUUGUGCCGGAUGAUUGCCAGAUUGAUGCCAGAAGAACUGUUGAUUUUAUACUAAAGUGUAAUAGGUGUUAUGUUUCACAAGGAAGAUAUGCUGAGUUCUUUGAUGAGCCUGCCAUCUCAUUAUCAAGUUCCAAGAAAGGUGAAGAAGAUAAAGAUGCAGUCAAAACUUCGCAGAGAUUCUUGUGCUACAAAAAGGCUGUGGUUAUUGCAGCUGGAGCAUGGAGUGGCUCUCUACUGAAAGGUCUAGUGCAGGAGCCAGAUUUGAUGCCGGAAAUACCUGUGAUGCCUCGAAAGGGCCAUCUUCUCAUCUUGAAGAAUCCAGAAACCAACAUUAUUCAAGUAAACCAUGGUCUCAUGGAGGUUGGUUACAUUGAUUCUGAAGCUUCUCAUUCACCAGAAGUAGGAGCUGAAGACAUGGAGAACUUGCCAUCCAUAUCAAUGGCUGUUACAAAAGAUGUCAAUGGAAGUCUUGUUAUUGGAAGUAGUCGUGAAUUCUCUGGUUUUAGUAGAGAAGUUGAUGAAAAUGUUGUUAAAGAUAUGAUGGCAAGGGCAGGAGAGUUCUUUCCAGCUCUGAGAAAUCUUCCUUGUGGGCUAAAUCAAUUCAAGGAAAUAAGAGUAGGACACCGUCCUUACGUUCUUGAUGACAAGCCAGUGAUCGGGCGUCUUCCUUGUUUACCAAAAGUCUUACUUGCCACUGGACAUGAAGGAAAUGGACUUUGCCUGGCGUUAGGUACCGCUGAGAUGGUUGUGGAUAUGAUUGAGGGCAGACCAACCAAAGUAGAGAGCAGACCCUUUUCUGUUCAAGGGAGAUUCAAAAUUUCUUAAAUUUUAAUUGUUUUUUUUUAUUUUUGUAAUUAUAUUUGAUAUAUGCUGUUUAUUAAUUA